UUGUAUGCAAUGCUUUAGGGAGGCAGAAGGUUAGGUCUAGGCAAAUAGGGCAAAUAUGCUGUACAGCACGGAGAAAUGUAUAAAUGGAAGAGGAAUGCAGAUGUGUGGAUGGAUCUGAAGAAGAGGAGGUGUCUGUCUUUGUUCAGUUCCAGGAGUCUCUGUAGUGACUUUGUGUUUGCUCUCACCCAGAGGGUGGCAUUGGUGCUGGUGGUUCUGCUCAUCGCUGGGGGGCUCUUCAUGUUCACCUACAAGUCCACGCAGUUCAACACACAGGGGUUCAUGCUGGUGCUGUGUGCUUCUUUCCUUGGGGGUAUUCGCUGGACUCUCACACAGAUACUUAUGCAGAAGGCUGAACUGGGACUCCAGAACCCCAUUGAUACCAUGUUUCACCUGCAGCCGCUCAUGUUCCUGACACUGUUCCCUCUCUUUGCUGUGUUUGAGGGCCUGCCUUUGUCUGUGUCAGUGAAGCUGUUCCAUUUCCAUGAAGCAGGAGUGCUGCUGUCUCUGAUAGGGAAGUUGUUCUUGGGUGGAAUUCUUGCCUUUGGACUAGGUUUUUCUGAGUUCCUCUUGGUUUCCAGAACAUCUAGCCUCACCCUUUCCAUUGCUGGCAUUUUCAAGGAAAUCUGCAUUUUACUCCUUGCCACACGUGUGCUAGGAGACCACCUCAGUCUCUUGAACUGGCUGGGCUUUGGUGUCUGUCUUUCAGGAAUCUCUCUGCAUGUCAUUCUCAAAGCCAUUAAUUCAAAAGGUGAAAAACCACUGAAGCUGCACAAAGAGUCCAGCUCCAAUCCUGACCUGGAGCUGCUGCUGCGACACACUGAAUGUGGAGAGGAAGAGGAGGAGGAUGUUGGAACUGCACAGCAGCAAUGACUGACCCUGAAACACAAAGCGCACUGCUCUGCAUCCUUCUUGGACAUACCUGACAACUACCUAGGAGGAAGGUCAAGAGUCUGUCCAURACUUCCCAAAGGAGAUCCAGGGCCUGGUGAGAGUCCUGUUGUUCUACUAAAGUAUCGAUCUGUGAAGGUUGCGCAUGAAACAGGCAGUGCCCCUUCUCCAGUGAUUGAAUUUGGAAUACAAGCUGUGGAGCUGUGGAAGUAGAAUGGAAUGGUGAGAGUGGGAAAUGCUAUGACACACUCGGUGGGAAAUCCUGAAGACUGUACAAUGGCAAUGCAAGUCAUGAACUGCAGAGUGAACGUGAGCAUGUCUGAGAACUGCAGGUUAAGUGGUUCAGGGACCAUUUUAGUAUUGUUUAGGCUUUGGCUAUCAAGGGGGGAAGKUAGAUGCAUCUUCCUACACUCUUUACACUCUUCUUGUGGUUCUGCUAAGUGGCAGCUCCUCUCGCAGAGCGAGCAAAUCGUCAUACAUAAAUCCAAGACUUGACCAAUGGGAAGAAGAGCCUUUGACCUUGGUAACUGGUGUUCUUUGUGGAUUAUAAGAUGAGAAGUAAAUGCCUACUGGUAUUUUGGACUAAUUGGAUCUGAUGAUCUGAUGGAGUGGUGAUGGGUGAAGGACAAGGA